AAACACAACCGUGAGCCUCUGAACGAAAACGUGUGUUUUUAUUUUCGCCCUUCGUAUCGCUCGUGAUCAACAAAACUAAUCGAUUGAACAUCAUGUCCAGCUGGAAGAAGGCAGCAAAAUCAAACCAGAAGGUGCACCGGGAAAGGGCACAGCCGGAGAGCCGCGCCCACCUUGGGCUACUGGAGAAGAAACAGGACUACAAACGGCGCGCCAAUGAUCAGCACGAAAAGGAUGACACACUGAAGCUGCUGCGAAAACGGGCCCUUACCCGGAACCCGGACGAGUUCUACCACCACAUGAUAAACUCGAAGGUACAGAAGGGUGAGCAUCAUGAGCUAGAACGGGACAAGGACGAGCAUACACCGGCACAAGUUCGACUAAUGGAAACGCAAGAUUUACGGUAUGUCAAUAUGAAGCGAACCAUGGAGGCGAAUAAGAUAGGCCGGCUGCAGGCUCGUUUACACAUGACGGAUGUUGCCAAUGAGACGAAGAAUACGCACAUUUUUUUCGUCGAAGACGAACAGGAAGCUAAGGAGUUCAGUGUAGCGGAACGACUGCAGACGCAUCCCAGUCUGGUUGGAAGAAAAACCAACCGACCUAAGCUGGACCAGUUGGCGAAAUUGGUGUUGGAUGUGCAGGACGAGAAGGUUAUUCUGGCAAUGAACGACGAGCGGAAAAAGUCCUACCACGAAUUGCAGUGUCGUGUGGAGCGGGAAAAAGAACUCACCAUUGUUCAACAGAAAAUGGAACUAAAGCGAGCUUUACAGGAGAAGCGCCUUAGAAAGCCAAAACAAGUGUCAAAGGGAACGAAAGAUCAAGCCCCAAUUUACAAAUUUAAAUACGAGAGGAAGCGGUAGAAAUUCGAUCUAUCAUCUUUUGUUAAAUGAAUACAUAAUAAAUCGGUUGAUACAUA